UAAUAUGGGUCUGAGAUGAAAUGCGGGAAUUUUUUUAUUGAAAAUUCUAUGAUUUUGAAACAUUUAUUGAUCAAAAUCGUACACUAAUAUAGUCAACGCAUACAAUUAAAAUGGCUAUAUGCGUUGCUGUCAUCGGGAAAGAUAACUCUCCAAAGUACAUUCGCUGCACCGACGAAAAUUCAGAGAUACAAUUACAAUAUAAAGUCCACACUUCACUUGAUAUAAUAGAAGAAAAAUUGAAUACGAGAAAUAAGAUGGCAGCGGAUGUGAGAGAAUUAUUUUUAGGAUUGUUAUUCUCAACGGAAGAAUACAAAAUAUUUGGUUAUGCCACAAACACAAAAAUCAAAUUCAUUGUCGUACUACAAUCUACUAAUGCAUCCUUACGAGACAACGAAGUGCGAACGAUGUUCAGGAAGUUACACUCUGCAUAUGCAAAUGCAGUGUGCAAUCCUUUUUAUGUACCAGCUAAUCGAAUUGAAUCUAAAGGCUUUGAUGCAGCUGUGAUGGAAAUUAUGGGCAUCGCUUAACCACCAGAAUGCUAUACUGGUUUUAUAUAUUAAGAAAUUCAAUUUAACUGUAAUUAUUGUAAUUAAACUAAUUCAAAUUAAACCUAAUUAUUGAAA